AUGGCUAUUCCCUCAGAGACAGAGUACGGGCCCAUCAGGACUCCCCUCGACGUGGACAAGCUCCGCGCGUACAUCGAGGACAAAGUCAAGGGCUUCAAGAUUGACAGCGAGGUGUUCCAGUUCAGCUUUGGCCAGUCGAACCCGACGUAUUUUCUCUCGGGCAACAACGGCAAGCGCUACGUCGUCCGCACCCGCCCGCCCGGCCCGCUCAUCUCCAAAACCGCACACGCCAUCGACCGCGAAUACCGCAUCCUCGAUGCGCUCGGCAAGGACGGCAGCGUGCCAGUCCCCAAGGUCUACCACCUCUGCAAGGACGAGAGCGUCAUCGGGAGGCAGUGGUACUUGAUGGAGUACCUCAAGGGUCGCAAGUUUGAGGACGUCCGCAUGCCGGAAAUCAAGACCAAGGAGGAGAGGGAGGCUUUGUGGAUGUCGAUCAUCCAGACGCUGGCGGCUCUGCACGCGCUCGACCCGCAGAAAAUCGGCUUGGGAGACUACGGCUCGACAGCCGCUUUCUACCCUCGCCAGAUCCGAUCACUCUCGAAAGUCUCACAAGCGCAGUCAGAAGUCGUCAACGCAAAGACCGGCAAACCUGUCGGCCCUAUCCCGCGCAUUGACUUCUUGCUCGACUGGUACGGGCGCAACUUGCCUGGGACUGAGGCGGACAAGGGCUUUGAUGCGGGUACAAACGGGAGGAGUUUGGAGGCGAGGGUCAUUCAUGGGGACUUCAAGGUUGACAACAUGAUCUUCCACCCAACCGAACCGCGCGUAAUCGGUGUCCUCGACUGGGAACUCUCAACCCUCGGCCACCCCUACUCGGACCUCGCCAACCUCCUCCAGCCUUUCUAUAUCCCGAGUGAGAGCGGCGGGCAGGGAUACUUGACGGGUUUGAGGGGCAUUCCACCCUCUGCCCUCCCCAUUCCCCCUCCCUCAACUCUCCUCUCCUCCUGGUGCUCCCACAUGGGUCUCGACUUCAUCACCGCCAUGGGCGGCGACGAGUCCACCGCGAAAGUCAGCGCGAUGGGCAACGUCGAUAUCGAUACGCAGGAGAAGGCGAUGAGGGGAAAGAGGAGGUGGGAGGGCUGUGUCAGUUUCGCGUUCUUCCGCCUCGCCGUCAUCACGCAAGGCAUCGCAGCGCGCGUCGCGCAAGGAAACGCCUCGUCCGCGAAAGCCGCCCAGCACGCAAAGAUCUUCCCGCUCGUCGGGUCGCUGGCGGUGCAGCACAUUGAACUGUUUGCGGAUGGACCGGGGACCGCGGCGAACUCGAGGGCGAAGUUGUAG